CAUAAACAUUGUGCCAGUUGAGAAAGAUCCUUUCACAGACGCAAGUACUGAGCAGCAGACAAGCUGCACUGCCACAGCCGCCGGCAAGAAUUUCUCUCUCUCUCCGCCCUCCCCCCCAAUGAUCCGUCUUCCUGCCUCAUUUACCAGUCUGUACAGACUCUUUUUGCGCACCACUUCUGCCUCAGUUCUACACCAUCCAUUGGCUACUAGAAACCUACGCAAUCUAUGGCGGUCCACUUUCCACGACGCAGCAAAAGUAAUACACCACCUCCACCAUGAGCCUCCUCCUCCACCCGCAAUCAAAGAGGAGCUCGAGUCUUGGUUAUCCAUCUGGAACAACAGAGGUACGUACGCUUGUCCCCCUCCCCCCCAAGUUCCCUAUACCAUUCCCCAAUCUAAACCCGAGCGACGAGCAGUCGACAACACCCUCGCCCUCCUCCACAACUCCUCCCACACGCGUGGCUUAUCCCACCAAUUGACUCGUAACCUAGCCUUACUCGUGCAUCACGAAUAUCGCCGGGUAUCCGAAAUCAAAUACCCCGUUUGGAACCCACAACUACCCGCGGACUCGAAAGAGUAUCAGAUUCGAGUACUACCGGCGAAAUCUCGCACGGAAACGAAGCGUGACGCGAUGAAGGCCAUCAGUGAUCGCGCCUUGUCUGCAGUGUCGAAGGCCGUUCGUAUGGCCGAAGGAAGGGAUGGUGUCGUUCUAGGAAGCGUGGCAGUCAAAGGAAAGUUGAAGCGGAACGUAUGAUACUGAUUGUGACGGAACGGAUGCCUGCUGGAUACGUCUGAACGUCGCGCUGGAAGAAGACGUUAUGAUAUUCGAGUCGCUUGGCAUCGCCAAAAAUACGGUUGACGGGUACGGUUACGACCCGUACCGUCGACGGUUUCAGCGCAUACGGUGCGGAUUCCUAAUUAAUCUUGAACCUUGCGAUGAGGUGUACGGCCGUCGAAAAAAUUAACCCACGUCAAUAUAUAACUAUAAUAUUAAUAAAAGAUGAUGGAUACAAAUUCCGACAAAUUACACUACCUAAAAAUAUAUCAUACAAUAU